AUGGCCCAGUUCUCUAUCGCAACUCUACCUCCUCUUACACUAUCUCAGCUCGUAACCUUCAGCUCCCCUCCUAUGGAAGCGUCACCGCUCACUCGUCAGCCUCAGCCCGAGGUCUUCACCCCGAAGAUCAUACAGUUGUAUGACUCUCUCUUCAAGGAUGACUACGACGAUGAAGAGAAGACCGAUGGCUUCUGGACCGAGUUCUUCCUCCUUAGACCCGAUCGUGCCGCCUUGAGACGUAUCCUCAACGAGUUGAGCCCGAGCCAUGUCUUGUCCUUCGAUGUUCGCACACAGGAGCUCUUUGCAAGGGCCGUAGCUACGAUCAAGGGCGUGCAUAGCCUCGCGCAGCUACACGCGCUGGAUACGCUCAGUGUCUUCCUAUCAUGCCUCCUUUCCAAGAGGUACCCGCAUCCAAGCUCCGACAUCAUGGUUCUGCUCGCAGGACUCGACCAUAUCGAUUCCGUCUUUACCGAGUUCAUCAGCGCCUUGGAGGCUAUAAUAAGAAAUAGCAAGGACUUGGACGUUCGAUACAAAGCAAUUGAGGUGCUGCUGGCGGUGACAGCUGGAGCGUACCAAACAACACUGUUGACGUACCUGAUCCAAAGAGACCUCUUUCCCGCAGUCAUGAAGUUCAUCCAAGAUUCAGACACGCCAGACCAAGUACUCCAACCAUUCACAUUGCUAGGCCUGCUAGCCAACUACAAUAAAUUCGAGUUCCAGAACCCUUACCAACAACGACUUAACGACUUUGUCAACGAGGCUGUCAUCCAGAAGAUAGUCGGCGCCGUGGGACAAGCUUGCCAAACCGUUCGAUCUCGAUAUAUCACUAUCCAGGAUGAUCUUCCUGAAGGCUGGACCUUCAGCGCUACCCUUAACAUGAUUGGACUUGGCGCGAUUGCUCCCGGACCAAAGCCUGUGAAGAACCCAGUGUACGAUGUCGAGACAGCCAAGGCUCUCUUCACCAAACUACCGGAGGAAGAGGCUGCUAUUCUACUAGCGACAUAUGACUUUACUCAUGCCAACAAGCUCUUCUGCUUCAACUUGGUGACACUGGCACCAGAGCCAGGCGCUGAGCAACCCAUUGCUAGCUACCUCUCACUCACCUCAUACCUCCUCCAGCACGCCUACCUCUCACCUCGAGCUACCUACUACGCUCAUCUUAAUCUCAUGGUUUUCCGCCUCCUUAUCGAAGAUCCUACAAUUUGCAAGCGCAUUUGCAGCGAUGAAUCUCGUGUGGCAGUACGUCUGUGCCGUCAACGCCAACCUUACCUUCCCCUUGUCAAAGGCGAGCGAGUCCUCGCCAUAUCCAUCCUCGACACCAUGAUCGAUGCCGUUAACCACAACCUCCGCCGCCGACUCGAUGUUAGCCUCUACACACUCUGCUUCGGAAUCAUGCUCCGUAUCAUCUCGUAUCUAUCUCGCACACGCACACGCCUCGAGUACCACUGGCCUGAGUUCUUCCGGUCUCUGCUUUCUAUUGUUCGCUUCCUCGCCACAUAUACAUCCGAUCUCAAGGAUCUGCCGCACAUUGACACCCUCCUCGAUCACGUCGUUAAUCUUAUCGCCCUCUCCCUAUCGGCUGGCGAAGCCUUCCUCCCUACACCCGCCGACUACGAUGAUCUCUUUUACAAGGUCGUCGAAUCGGGCGAGGUUCUCACCAAAUUCAAGGAGAAUUAUCGCUUGGCUAACCGUAACACCAACUCUAUUGAUACUCUCAUCAACGUCAGCGCGCACUACAACCAGAUGCUAUCGGAGGGUGGUGGAAACCGUCGCAAGCCCAGUCUCUUGACGACGCAGGAGGUUACAGAGGUUAUCCGUCAGGGAUAUGAAACUUUGAGUAUUCAGGCCAAGGAGGGCUUGGACUCAUGGGAACGUUACAGAGAGGCAGAUGAGAGAACGCUACUCAAGAAGAUGGCGAGGGCAGCAGUCGGUGACGUGCGUGUCAUGGUUGAACGAUAG